GUUCAACAUGUGGAUGCGGCAGAGAAAUGACCUGUCCAGACAAGCCAGGGAAACUCAUAAACUGGUUCAUCUGCUCCCUGUGCGUCCCACGAGUGUGUAAACUGUGGAGCGGCCGGCGCCCAAGGACCCGGAGGAACCUCCUGCUGGGCACUGCCUGUGCCAUCUACCUGGGCUUCCUGGUGAGCCAGGUGGGGCGCGCCUCUUUCCAGCAUGGACGGGCCGCUGAAAAGAGCCUGCCCCAGAGCCGCGACACCACCGAGGCACCCUUCCCUGAGAUACCCUUGGAUGGGACCCUGGCCCCUCCCGAAUCCCAGGGCAAUGGGACCACGCUGCAGCUCAAUGUGGUGUACAUUACCCUACGCUCCAAGCGCAGCAAGCCCGCCAACAUCCGUGGCACAGUAAAACCUAAGCGCAGGAAGAAGCAUACACUGGCAUCUUCAGCCCCGGGACAGGAGGCUUUGGUAGGACCAUCCCUUCAGCUGCAGGAAGUUGCAAAAGCAACUGAUGCUAAAGUGCCUGGUUAUAUCCAGAGAGGAAACAUGGCUAAGGUUGGGGAACGACCCUGGAGGUUGACACGAGUGUCGGUAGUGCACGGUUGGGGCUCUGAUUUCCAGCUGAGCAAGACCAGGGAGAGCAACAUCAGGAUCUACAGCGAGAGCGCCCCCUCGUGGCUGAGCAAAGAGGACAUUCGCAGAAUGCGUCUGUUGGCCGAUGGCGCAGUGGCAGGCGUCCAGCCUGUGUCCUCGCAGAGCCCAGCCCGCUUGCUGCUGCUGGAGCGGAGCGCCGUUGGCUCCGUGCCAGGCUGCGGCCCCAGCCCCUGUGGGCUGCUCAAGCAGCCUCUGGACAUGAGUGAGGUGUUCGCCUUCCACCUGGACAGGAUCCUGGGGCUCAACAGGACCCUGCCGUCUGUGAGCAGGAAAUCAGAGUUCAUCCAAGAUGGCCGCCCAUGUCCUCUCAUUCUCUGGGACUCAUCUUUAUCUCCAACAAGUAAUGAGACCCAUUCUUCUGUUAAGCUCACCUGGGGAACUUACCAGCAGUUAUUGAAACAGAAGUGCUGGCAGAACGGCCGACUACCCAAACCUGAAUGGGGUUGCACUGAAAUACAUCACCAUGAGUGGCCCAAGAUGGCACUCUUUGACUUUUUGCUACAGAUUUAUAAUCGCUUAGAUACAAAUUGCUGUGGAUUCAGACCUCGAAAGGAAGAUUCCUGUGUACAGAAUGGACUGAGGCCAAAAUGUGACAACCAAGAUUCCGUGGCUCUAGCACACAUUAUCCAGCGAAAGCAUGACCCAAGGCAUUUGGUCUUUAUAGACAACAAGGGUUUCUUUGACAGAAGUGAAGAUAACUUAAACUUCAAAUUGUUAGAAGGCAUCAAAGAGUUUCCUGAAUCUGCAGUUUCUGUUUUGAAGAGCCAGCACUUACGGCAAAAGCUCCUUCAGUCUCUGUUUCUUGAUAAAGUUUAUUGGGAAAGUCAAGGAGGCAGACAAGGAAUUGAAAAGCUCAUUGAUGUAAUAGAGCAGAGAGCUAAAAUCCUUCUCACCUACAUCAACGCCCAUGGGGCCAAAGUGCUACCUAUGAAUGAAUAACAAAAGGGUCUCCUGGAUAGAAAACUAGAUAUAUGUACACAUUCUUGUUUGUGUUUUCAAAUCAAGUACACACACCUCAAGUCCUUUCAGGAAUGAGGCAGUGUAGAUGAAUACAUAAGAUAAAUGAAUUUCACCAACUAUGUAUGAUGGGCCUAAGCACUGUAAACAGACUUAAAAAGGUUUUAAAAAACAUACUGCUCAAGAAAUGUUUCUGUUUUUCUCUAACAUCAUGUCAUGUUGAGUCUCACUAGUUGAUUACAGAAUGGUAGCAGUCAUUAUUCCAGUUAGCUUUGUUGAAAUAUUUGUCGUGUCACUGAAUAGAACAGUGUAAACCAGAGGUGCAUACUCCUUUGAUAAACUGUAUUUCAUGCCUUUCUGACUGGUUGACCAAAUUCUAAUGGGAAUGAUGCUUGACCUAAUUCUGUUGCUGAAAGUUAAAACAAAGCAGCCCUAACGCUACCCAGAGGCAAUCUUACCCUGGAAGACUCAGGCACGUGAGCUGCAAAAACAUGAGCACAUACCAUAAUUCUAAAUAGAAGUGGUAGAUUAUUUGCAAAGCCACCAGGAUAUUAUCUUUUGCAUCUAUACAUAAUCAGCCAUCUCUGAAUCUGAGCAGCAAGAAUCAUACUUCCUUUUCCUUUUCAGAAAAAUUUUUGGUUGUAUAGAAAUCAUACAAAUCUGAUGGUUUAUACAUUAGGUAGUUUUGCUUUCUCAAGUUUGGUCCAACUUAUGUCUCAUAGCUUAGAAAUUAAACAGUUUUAAGGCAUGAAAUCACCUAUUUGAAGAUGUAGUUGUAGAGUGCCUUUUUUGUAAUGGGUGCUCUUUUUCAAAACUUUGUCAUUUCUACAAAGGAUAUGUUAUCAUUUCUGUGUCUUUUGUUAGUAAAUUGUGGAUUCCUUCAAAUUUGUUCUGUGUAAUUAUAUUCAAACUGAUUUAAUUGAUAUGGCCUAGAUAUUGACAAUAGGACCAAAUAAUGAGUGUAUCUAAAUAUAUUGUUUGGCUUAUGCCAAAUAAAUUAAAUUAAAACCUGAUUCUGGCCAGUUCUCCUCAGUGAAGCAAAUGACUGGAACUAAAACUGAAUUUGGACAAUAUUAAGCCUCAAAUAGUUCUCAGAUUCUUUCUACUAACUUUUUAAUUAAGUGGAAGAAAGUGGGCAUUUAGUAUUCCUGUGCUGGGUCUUCAUGUCCUUGGAAGAGACCCAUUCCAUUCCACCCCCACACAGCCCAUCCCUGAUUUAAAACCCGAUAUACUGACUUCUUUCUGAGUGUUUAAAAAUGCAAUUUAAGAAUACGAGUAUCUUCUGUUUCCUCAGUUCUGUGUAUCAUUGCUAAAGUGUACCCCAUUUUCUGUGUUCCCUUCAAGGGUAACUCAAUAUCAUUGUAAAUUAGAACUAUCAAAAACAUUUCAAUAAAACUAAGUUUUCAAAAAGAGCAUAUCUAUAAAUUCCAGCUUAUACAAACGUAUAGGGACAAAAUGUCAAAAUUACAUAGUAAGUACAAGAGAAGAUAGAUCAAGGAAAAGCAGAUCAUUCGAUCCCUAAUUAUAACUUCUCUAGGCCCGCAGUCAAGUACUACUUUUAGUCCCCUCGUCUGCAGCCCCGACCCUGGGAGAGUUGGUCCUCAGAUCAUUCUCCUCUUUGUUUCCUCUCCAUGUCCCUGAGUGCCUCCCUCUAGUCCCACACAUUCAGAAUUCUCUGACUGUCCUGCAUCUCCACUUUUACAGGCUGUAUUUGGGCUUUUUGUGAUCCCCCUUUCUCUCAUGAAUUGGCAUAUUAGUGAAAAGUUGCCCUAAAAAAUGUUUGGAGACCGAAAACCAAAAGGUUUUGAGCUGCUGAUUUUAAGCGACUCUUUGUCAAGUUGCCUACACUUUGUCUUAUCAAGGGGGCAUAAGUGCAUUUUAAAUAUGCUUUUUUGGACUAUACCAUCUUUAUCCAAACCUCUGAUAUUGGUGGUGGGAAUUCCAGGUGCCUUAGAAGCGAGCUUUAGUUCUGUGUCUCCAGCCACAUUGCUUUGGGGCAGCUUGGUCCUCCCGUCUGUGGGCCGGACUUUUGUUUAUUUGCCUCCAGGCAGUCCGAAAUGCUUAAUAUUAAACAAAAGGUCCAGGAACACAUUUUUAUUUUAGUCACCUUUGCUUUUUAACAAUGUAUUCUAUAACCAGUGAAUAAGUCAUGCUGUAUCAUUUUUGAAUAAUGGAUAGCUGAAGGCCUGGCUUUUAAUUCUAAUAAGCCAUGCUCCUCUUUUCUCUUACUGAAACAGUGAGAAUACUCUGUGCCUUUCACAUGUACUCAAGAUUAUGCUGUGGUUUGGUUCACAUAAGCACAUUAUGUGGUGUAUUUAUAACUUGAUAAAUUUAAAAUAGAACAAUUUAUCUUGGCAGACUUGCAAAAGCCUAUUCUUGUGUGAUUUAUUUUCUUUAAGCUGAUGAUAUGAAAAUAAUGACAUAUCUUAAAAAUCCAUAAUAAAAAUAUAAGAUGUGUGCUUUUGAAUUAUAGAUGGGUUCAUUUUUUUUGUGGAUGGGUUAUUUUCAGAUGUUAAUAAUAGGGGAAAGUUUGCUAUCUUCAUCCGUGAUAAAAAUUGCAUAAUCAAGAAUCAUAUUGGAUUGUUUAUUGAAGGAUGGAUUUUAUAUUCUUAGUGAUAUUUUGCUUUCCUGGUGUACAUGUAGCAUUGUUUUAUGUGGUAUGUACAUUAGUCAACAUAUCAUAAACAAAAUAUUUAAUAUUUGGUUUUCUUUGCUUGGGAUGAGUCUUACAAUUAUGUUUAAGUUUUCUUCAUAGCAUUCACAUUUAUUAAGUUUCUUAGGUAUCCUGAGAGUUUAUUGAAAAACAAACUACUUAGACUUAUGCUUAAAAUAUUUAUAAUCUCUAAACUUGUGUAAUAGCUUUUUUAUUCCAUGGUACCUUUAAGUAUACAUUAACCUGGGUGUAAAUUCGUCUACACACUGUCUUAAAUUCUAAUGUUUAUCUUAGCACAAAACAGUGUAAGGCACAUUCAGGGCACUAGUCUGAAAAUAUGAUAUGGAAAUUGUACGUGGGCCAAAUAAAGAUCAUAAAGACCUCUCCCUAAAAACUAAAUAGCAUCAUCAAGAAUUAAGUACCUUUAUUCAUAAAAGAUAAUUCAACUUGUCAGGAAAGUUGUCUGGCACUUGGAAAUUGUCAGAAGAGAUUUUUGAAUGUUGUUUCAGUGCACUGCUGGGCUUGCUUUUGUAUUGAAUAGGCUGUUUAACAGUGUUGUGGGGCAGAGGUUAACUUGUAGAUUUUUAUCCCUCAGAGAUGCAAGUAAUUUCUUUCUGGUGAAAAAGCCCUAAUGGUUUUAUAGUUUAUUACCCUGUUGAACAUUAACCAGUUAAUAUCUAGUACAGCAAUCUUAUUCUAACAUUGCCUGAAUUUAUUUAGCUUUUGAAAUAUUCUUUGAAAUGGUUUUACCAUCAUACUGGUUCCCUUGUUAAUUAGCUAUUUGAAUAAAACCUUUGAUAUAUGUUCAUUGUACAUUUACAUAGGAGUUGCGGUGUUAUCCUUUUGAUAAUUUUGCUUUAAUAAACAUUUGAUGGCAGUCAUAUAA